AUGGUGAUCGUCCUGGAUGACCGCGUCACCAUCGCCGACCUGGGCGUGCAGCUGGUGGCUGGCUUUUGUUGGAUUGUGUUCAGUGAUGGUUCGGUGACACCCUUAGACGUUGAUGAUCCCAAAGAUUUUUCAGUUACUGUGUCAUCAUUGGAUGAAAUGGUGGUGUCUGUCCAGGCAAACCUUCAGUCCAAAUGGCCGGUUGUGGUUGCACAGGGUGAAGGGCAAGGUCCCUUGAUUAAAUUAGAGAUGAUGAUUAGCGAACCCUGUCAGAAGACCAAGAGGAAGAGUGUUCUUGCCGUGGGUAAAGGAAACGUCAAGGUCAAAUUUGAACCAAAUGUUGAUGAGCACCUAGGAGGCACCAACGAUAUCGAGGGCAUCAGUCAGGAAUACAAAGACCACUUCAGUAAUUCCAUACAGCGUGAAGGAAACCAGGAGAGAGCGGUUCAGGAGCGGUUCCAACAUGGCGCCUCUGUUGGCCAAGAGGAACGUAGCAACAGAAGCACAACCCCACAGUACCCCCUGGAAGGAAAGGAUAAGAAGUUGCUCAAGAGUGGUGGUCCAGACUCCUUCACAAGCUUCCCCACUCAAGGGAAGUUACCAGAACCCAAUAAUCCCAGUGACCUUACAGUGACCUCAAGGGGGUUAACUGACUUGGAGAUCGGCAUGUACGCUCUGCUCUGUGUCUUCUGCUUGGCCGUUUUGGUCUUCUUAAUCAACUGUGUGGCAUUUGCUUGGAAAUACAGACACAAAAGUUUCGCUGUGAGCGAACAAGGCAACAUCCCCCAUUCCCAUGACUGGGUCUGGCUUGGGAAUGAAGUAGAACUUCUGGAAAACCCCGUGGACAUCACCCUCCCAUCGGAGGAGUGCACAACCAUGAUAGACAGGGGGCUGCAGUUCGAGGAGAGGAACUUCCUUCUUAACGGCGGCUCCCAGAAGACUUUCCAUAGUCAACUACUCUUUUAG